AUGACCACUGCUUCAUCAUCUACUCCAGCUGGUGACGCUGCCAACGACGCGUUUCUGUCCGCACUGGUCCGGGGGGACGAGGCCGCGGCGCGGGCAGCGCUCGCGUCGGGCGCUGAUGUGAACGCGACGGACGCCAAUGGGCGCACCUCGCUCGGCUGCGCGCUCGUAGGCCCAAAUUGGGAGACCGUCGACGCGGACGAGAUGCACGCGCGCCUGGGCCUUGUGCGCCUGAUCGUUUCGCACCCGAACGUGACGCUCUACACCCUCAACGCGCCCCAGGCCGACAUGCGCGACGUGACGCCCCUGGGAAUUGCCGCCUGGAGCAACGCUACCCAAGUCGUGAAGGCAUGCCUCGAACUGGGCGCCGGCACCGUCGCUGUCGACGCCAGGGACGGCCAUUCCGCCACACCGCUCAUGUACGCUGCACGCGACGCACGUUCGGAAGUAGUAGACGAACUGCUCGCUCACGGCGCCCUCCCCGACGCGCGCGAUGUGAAUCUCAUCUCCGCAGUGCAGUACGCUCUGCCCCAUACGCAAGUUCUACGUGCAUGCGAGGAUGCUCUACGCGGCGCUCGCACGCGUGAAUUCUUGGCCGCCAACCCACGGAAACUGGCUUUCUCUCCGGAAGCGCUCCCACCAGCUCUUCUAUCAAAUCCGUCCGAUGUACCUCCUCCACCACCCUCGAAAGAUCACGACACGCCCACUGACGACGCCCGCCUCGCCACGACCACUACCAAUGUUGUAAAAGCUGUCAUCGCUUCCGAUGUCCCUUCACUCGUCAGCCUACUCUUUCCAUCCGCACCCAACGCCACAACACAGGCACUUGUAAAUCGCGCGGAUAAGGACGAGUGGUCUGCCGUCCACUACUGCGCGUCUGUCAAGAAGCCCUCGGCUGCCGUUCUUGACGCGCUCUUCCUUGCUGGCGCAGAUGUCAACUUGUCCUCAAAUCAAGGCGAAUGUACGCCCUUGCACUGCCUCGCUCGCAAACGCCGCGGGCCGGACGCCCUUCGUGAUGCCCAGGCAAACCAGCAGCUGUACGACUUCGUCGUGCACCUUGUUCGUGACCUCGGCGCCCCGCUUGCAAAACGUUCCGCGAGCCGGGAGACCUGCAUACAUAUCGCCGCAGAGCAUGGUGACAGCGCCGAAGUUCUACGGGCGCUUCUCGACUGUGACGUCGACCGCACGGUCUGCGAGCUGCGCAACAUUCGAGGAUUGACGGCGUUGGAAGUGGCAAAGCCGGAAUUUCGCUACCUUUUCGGCGCGCGCGACGAAGCCAACCGGCCAACCUCGGCUGCGUCCCAUCUCACCGUCACGCCUCUUCGACUGCGCCAGCGCGCGUCUUCGCAUUCCAUCCUAUCUGUGGCACCUUCUGUCGCAGCCUCUACCGUUCUCCCCUCGCCCGUUCUCGGUCCCGGCUCGACGGAGUCUGCACCUGAGUCGGCCGCCGAUGCAUUCGAGCGCGCGAUGCAGGGCCUGCGCUGGGUAGCAGAUCAACUGGCGCUGGCAGACGAGUCCCAAACAGCAGACCUGGACCACAUCGAAGCACACCUACGAGAGUCUCAGACGCAAGCUAUCGCCUCACUUGGCCACUUCCGCACUCGCGCUGAAGAUGUGGCCGCGCGGCUUGCGCGUACAAACACACCCUGGACGGAGACAGACGCUCUUCUCGAUGCCUUGGCGCAGAGCCUCGAUGACAGGGAAAAACUCAGGGCUCCUGCCACAGAACCCGAGUUUGCUGGGCGUGCACGUAGCGGGACUACGUUCUCUGCCGACUCGGCACGUACCGCCGUUUCCGAAGCUUCAUCGACUGGUGAGGCGUCAUUGGCCUUCCCUUCACUGCCACCUGAACUCGAGUGGGACGGCGCUCGACCGACGACACCAUACAGCCGGCUCAAAAGUUACAAAAGUAUGAGCGAUAUCGCACAGCGCGGUCGGCAAGACUCCACGCCGUCGCCUUCGUUGACGGCUCUAUCGGCUUCGCCUGUUCCUUCCAUGUCAUAUUCGCCAAGUCCACCUGGCACGAGAGAUUCCCCUACUCCCGGCGUGCGCCGAGUACGUGCCGACACCAUUGCCAGUGCCAGGCCGCAUACACCUCCUUCCAUCGCCGUGCAACCCGUGACAGACAAAGACAAGGACAACACGGGCAAGCGCCUCAAGGCCUGGCUCAAGAAAAAGCUCAUACCCGAGCGCCCCGCACCGGCGACAACUAACCUCAAAGCGCUCAAGUCCGAGGAGCCGCCCAUGCGGACCUCUUUGAGCACGUUGUGCGAGAUGCCGGCGGAGGAGGAUGCCGCAAGUUCAUCGAACCCCAUCUCUCAACCGAAACGGGCGCUUGGCGCCGUUCAGCGUGAUCUUGCGCGAAUGGACGAAGCCGUCGCGGAUGCACAGACGCUACUGGCUGGCGCUCGACGCGGAGCUAAGCGUGCCGAACGCCUCUUGGGCAAGGCAAUCGAGCGCCGUGCGGCAGAUCUGCGACAGCACAGACUCGCGCGGCGCGUCGAUGCUGGUCUGCAGGCGCUUAUGGCGUGGGAUCAAGCUCCGACAUCUGGCUCGCUCGGUCUGAAAAUCGACUCUCAGAACUCGUCACGUGCGACGUCAAUGCCUGCUACGCCGAGCGAUCUUGGGACGCCGCAUGAGCUGCCUCCGCCUAUGAGUCCUACGCAUUCACAGGGACCUGAGAUCGACGACGCCGCUCAGCUUGAGAAGCUUGUCUGGUGGAAGGUUGAAGAGCGUAUCGAGACGGCACUUGACGCAGCCGAGCGCGUCGAAGUAUGGUUAGAUGUCGCGCGCGAUGUACUCCGUGGCGUGCAGCUGCGCGAAGGGCUCGUGACCGAACCUGUGGCUAUCUGA